ACUGCAAUCAACAGACAUCCGAGGGAAUGAAGGCUCUUGUGAUUUUCACCCUCCUGGUAUGUGCCCUUGCACAGGAGAAGAGAUUUUCUUGGAAUGGUCCAGGAGAAACCAAUCAAACUGAUCCUAAUGUGGAUGCAUGUAUGACGGACACAGCGUCAUGUGGAUGUUGCCUGAUGCAGAACCAGAUUUGGAAAUUGGAGAUGUUCUUCAACUUGAGCUUAAAUGAGCUACAGACAGGCCUGGAGAGAGCUCAGUCAGUGUUAAAUAAUAUUCGUGCCAGCCGCAGUGCAUUCUCCGUGGCACUCACUGACACACGCCUCUGUGUGGGCCCAAAUCGAGAGGACUCCGUGGUGAAGUAUGCAAGUGUUUUAAUUAACUUGGGAGAUGUCUACAACACCAGCACUGGUGUAUUUGUAGCUCCGCGUUCUGGUGUCUACAACCUAGCACUGACAGUGUAUAGUGAUGCUGGUACACCCGGAGCACGCAUCACUGCCUGUGCCCGACUGCGGCUGAACGGACGCACACUCAAAGCACCGAGCGAGAAUAACCUUCAGGAUCAGGAGGACAGUGUCAGUGCUGUGCUAGCAGUCCAGCUGCAUGCAGGAGAUCAUGUGGAUGUUGCUCUGCCUGCUGGCUGCUUCCUGUGUGAUGACAACAACCACUACAAUACGUUUACAGGCUUCCUGCUCUAUGCAACUGAUUAGUACAUACUAAUGCUGAGUUUGAAAUUUACUACUACUACCCUGCUAAACAAAAUAAAAACAAAAUGCUCAAACAAGCAUAAGGUGGUUAGCUAGGCUACCUACCUUUUUCAAUGGGUUUAGAGGGGUUUGGGGAACUUAUCUUAUGGUCAGGAUGGGAGACCAACUGGCUGAUAAUUGCUAGACCAGCUUAAACCAGCAAACUAAGUCCAGAAAACCACCUUACGCAGAUUUAAAUGUCUUUUCAGCAGGGUACACAAUAUACAACAUGUAUGCAGCAUUUAUUUUUUUUAUUUUUUUUUAAAUAAUUCAACUGAACAACAAUAAAAAGGUAAAGCUGUAGUAUGCUACUUUGUUGUCACAUGACCGUGAUAUAUUGCAGGCUUUGCUCGAUUAAGAGUAGGAUAUAAUAUUUAUCUAGGAAAUGAAUUCAUUACUCUUGCAUUUUCAAGCCUAUUUUUAGUAAAAUACUUCUUUGUGGCUUCCUGAGCAAAUAAUGAGAUUCUUUAAAGUCUUCCAGAUUUUACAACUGAAAUGGAACAUUAAGUGUACUGCAUUGGGAAAUUUGUCGUGAAAUUAUUGUCAACUGGGUAUUCUGCAUACAGAACAUUUGCAUUCUUUUUCACAGUAUGCACACAGCAUUCCUUUCAAUAGUAGUCCAAGUAGUAUGGUAUAUUGUGAUUUCCACUGCCCUCACUUAAGUCCAGUUUCAGCAAAUGACUGAGUUGAAGAAAAUACAUGAGGUCAGAGUAAUCAUGUGAAAUUGUUUUUAAUGCAAUGAACAUUUUCAAAAAUACUACUUUUUAAUUUUAAAUAAACAUUUUGGUUCUUG